AUGGCCGGGCCCAGUAGGCAAGUACCUUCGAUCGAAGACCUCGCUGCAGCUGUGAAUGAGACACUUGCCCUUGGAAGCGAUGGUGAAACACCUCUUCUAAGUAGGGAAGUGUCUUUUUGGGAUGAUGGAACACCUAUCCUGAAUCGUCAAAAAAAUUCCCAGGCCAUCGGAACAGAUGGUCAAACUCGUCAACCACCUACUCAAGUCAAGGAAACAUUCGUUCAGGAUAGGACCCUCGCUCAGAUCAAUGAAGCACAACUCAGAAUUGAUACAUCACCAUUGGAGGGAGAUUCAGAUCACGUUAACGAUAGCACCAAGCCUGUUGAAGAAAUUGCAGAUGCUUCUGAAGAAGUAACGCCUUGUCCAAUGACCUUGUUAUGUGGAAAGGAUGGCUGUGAAUGUCUGAUCAAGCAUCCUCGUAAGCCACGUAUCCUACUUAUGGGACAACGACAGGCUGGAAAGACAUCAAUUGUCGAAUGUGUCUUUCGGAAGUUACCACCCGAAGAAACACUCUUCGUUGACCCUACAGUCAAGAUGCACAAAGUCUUCGUCACGUCAUUUCUGUCAUUUAUCAUCUAUGAUGCUCCCGGCCAACUUAAUUUCCUCGAACUCUCUUUUGACAUCACCGGGAUUUUCGACAAUAUCGACACAAUCAUCUGGGUCUUCGAUGCCCAGACAGAGUGGGUCGACGCCCUGAUCCGCUUUCACCGUACCCUCCUGAUCCUCAAAGACCGCUUUCCCAACAUGAACAUCGAGGUGUUCAUCCAUAAGGUUGAGGGUAUGUCAGACGAAUAUGCCCUCGAGAUCAAAGAAGAUAUAAUCCGCCGGACAGAAGAGGAACUCAUGGACAACGAACGCUCAGGCAUGGCGAUCAGGUAUCAUCUGACUAGCAUCUAUGAUCGUACCCUCUGGGAAGCGUUGAGUAGGGUUGUGCAGAGAGUCACACCGAGGCUAAACGCCGUUGAAGGACUCCUUGACUCGCUGUGUGAGAAUACCGGAAUGGUGAAGAUCUUUCUCUUUGAUCUUUACAGCAAGCUAUAUGUGGCGACGGAUACUAGUCCAGUGGAUAUGCAGACCUUGGAUACUUGUACUCAUCAUAUUGAGUUUGUGUCAGAAAUGGAAUCAAUCUUUGGAUAUAAACGCAAGAAAUAUAUAGAAGAGCAGGAAGACUCGGAGUACAAGACUCCGGAGGUCUGCAGUAUGGUUUCUCUCAAUGACGGCAAAAGGCUGUAUAUGAAGGAGAUAAAUCAAUAUCUUGCUAUCGUGGGCGUUUCUGGAAAAAGGGCUAUGAAGCAAAUAAGCAUUGUCGACUUCAACAUAUCUGUUUUCCAAGAAGCAGUUAUUAAGCUCAUAUCCGAAAGGUGGGAAGAACCCACAAAGCCCCCAGAAUAG